AUGCCGACUCUAGCCUUGAUCAACUUCAAUAUCGUCUGCGCGACACUAGGAGGCUUCAUCUCCCUCUUUGGACUAGUAUCCUACCUCUGCAAGGAAAAAUUCUAUCUCUCUGAAGCCCUAAUCUCCCUACUCGCUGGCGUGCUAUUCUCACCACACGCAGCGAACUUCAUCAGACCAGAAGAAUACGCCCUGCACUCAGAGCAAAAUCUCGAGGCCAUCACUCUGCACUUCACGCGCCUAGUCCUCGGCGUCCAACUGGUCCUUGCAGGAGUCCAACUCCCAAAACGCUACCUCCAAAUCGAAUGGCGCAGCCUAGGCCUCCUACUCGGUCCUGGUAUGGCAGCGAUGUGGAUUUGCAGCAGUCUAUUGAUCUGGGCGAUGGUGCCGAACAUCAAAUUCCUGUAUGCGCUGAUCGUAGGCGCAUGCGUCACGCCCACUGAUCCCGUGCUGUCGAAUUCCAUCGUCAAGGGCAAGUUUGCUGAUAAGCAUGUUCCGCGGCCGCUUCAGAGAAUCAUCAUCGCUGAGUCCGGCGCUAAUGAUGGUCUUGGAUACCCGUUUCUUUUCUUUGGCAUUUAUCUCCUGCAGUACACGGGGUUGGCGGCAGAGGGGUAUAGUGGUGGUGCUGGGAAAGCGAUGGCGUUGUGGUUCUAUGAGACUUGGGCGUAUGAGAUCCUGCUGAGUGUUGCUUAUGGGGCUGUGGUUGGGUGGAUUGCCAGGAAGAUGUUGCAUUGGGCGGAAGAGAAGCAGUAUGUUGAUCGGGAGAGCUUUUUGGUGUUUGCCAUUGCUUUAGCGCUGUUCAUCGUGGGGACUUGUGGUCUCAUCGGGACAGACGAUCUUCUUGCCUGCUUCAUUGCCGGAAACGUGUUCACGCAAGAUGACUGGUUCCGCCUCGAGACGAUGGAUGAUUCUCUCCAGCCAACAAUCGACAUGCUCCUCAACCUAUCCGUAUUCAUGUGGUUCGGAGCCGUCUGCCCAUGGUCAUCAUUUCUAAACAACAGCGUCAUUCCCCUGCACCGCCUGAUCUUCCUAGGAAUCCUGAUCCUCCUAGUCCGCCGCAUGCCAAUUGUCCUCGCGAUGCACAAAUGGAUCCCGCAAAUUGACCUCAUCUCCCAAGCCGCAUUCGUCGGCUUCUUCGGCCCAAUCGGCGUCGGCGCAAUCUUCUAUCUAUCCGUCUGUGUCGAGUAUUUACGCGGGAUCAAAGUCAACGGUGAGAUCCCAGAAGACGUACAACAAGUAGUGGAGACAGUCCAGGUAGUAGUUUGGUUCUUGGUGAUCUGCAGCAUUAUCGUCCACGGACUCUCCGUGCCCGUUGGCAAAGCCGGCUACAACAUCCCACGCACACUCUCCAGCGUGAUAAGCACAAGCGUCAACGAUGAGCAGGUACCAGUCCCUAUUUCGAAUAUCAACCACACGCACAGCACGGCCACGCCCCUAUCUGGAGGUGAUGACGCGAGUUUCCGGAGCCGCAAGCGGGAAUUCCGCUUCCGCAGUACAACGCCUCGCCCACCAUUCUUUGGGAUUGGUGGCUCUGUGAUUCCUGCUCGUUCGCCAUCUAACCAGCCCGGUGUGGGUGAGGCCAGUGAGCCGGAGAGACCUGUUAACUUGGAUGUUCCCCCGGCGGGAAGGAGUGAGGCGUAG